UGCAAGCUACAAACUACAUCAAUGCUACAACCACGGAGAACCUGCUAUAUCGCUCCAAGAUAUCGCUGUACUCGUAGAUAUGCUUCGAAUAAGAUUGCCGUCAUUGGUGGAGGUAUUGCCGGCCUCUCUGCUGCUUACUUUCUACAAAAACAAUUGCCAGCAGCUCAUAUUACGCUUUUCGAGACUGCCAAAGAGGCUGGCGGCUGGGUCAAGAGUAAAUCCUUGGAUGCAAGUACUGGCGGCAAUGUCGUCUUUGAAGAAGGUCCACGGAGUUUGCGGCCUGUGGGUCUGCCGGGUCUGAGUGCUCUUGACCUCGUUCGUCAGCUCGAGCUUGAAGACAAGCUCAUCCUCGUGCCAAAGAGCAGUCCGUCCGCAAAGAACCGCUUCAUAUACUACAAGGGAAAGGUACACAAGCUGCCUAGCUCUCUCGUGGGCUUUCUCAAGUUUGCAAUGACCAAUCCCAUCCUGAAAGGCUCUCUUGGGUCAUUGAUGCUUGAGCCAUUCCGAAAGCGUCGACCCGCGUCCUUACAAGACGAGUCUAUCGGAUCCUUCAUUUCACGACGAUUUUCGCCCAUCAUGGCCAAUAACAUGCUUUCAGCUGUUGUGCACGGCAUCUACUCUGGCUCUGUGGAUGCUCUUUCUGUAAAGAGCACAUUCGGAGCGCUCUGGAAGUACGAAGGACAAGCUGGUAGCGUCGUUGCUGGUAUUCUGCGGGGAACAGAGACAUUGAGUCCUUUUGAUCAGCAGCUGUACGCGAAGCUCAAGCUAGAGAAUACGGAAAUGGCGGAAAAGCUUAAGGAUACCAGUGUCUACUCCUUUCAAGGCGGUUUGAUGACCAUGACCAAUCGCUUACAGACACUUCUCAAGGAAUCUGGUCGUGUCAAUGUUGAGCAAGGUGCUCCUGUCAGGCGGCUUGAGGUUCACGGCGAUACUGUAUCAGUGACACAGGGUGGGCAAACGAUAUCAUUCGACAAGGUAGUUUCUGCCGUGAACGCAAAACAGCUUUCCAGUAUACUACAUGGUACCAUGGAAACAACAGAAUUGGAUGCUGUCGAGUACUCCACAGUCAUGGUCAUCAACCUCUACUACAAGGAUCCGGCGAUAUUGCCAAUCGACGGGUUUGGCUACCUGAUCCCAAAAUCUGUUCCACUGGAAGAUAAUCCAGACAGGGCACUCGGUGUUGUCUUUGACUCUGCCUCUGUGCCAGGCCAAGACUCUGCACUUGGUACAAAAGUCACUUGCAUUAUGGGUGGACACUGGUGGAAGGGUCUUGACCCUUCGGCAUUACCCACGCCUGAGCAAGGUCUUGAACGCACGAAACGGGUGAUGCAGGGACAUUUGGGUGUGACGCAAGAGCCGGCACUAUGGAACGCGAAGCUACAGCAUGAUUGUAUCCCACAAUACACGGUCGGCCAUGCUGCACGCAUGAAGAAGUUGGACGAAAGGCUGGCAGGAUUCGGUGGCAAGUUGGGCGUUAUUGGAAGCAGCUAUGGCGGUGUCAGUGUCAAUGACUGUAUCUUGAAUGCAAGGAAGGUGGCCGACGCAAUUGUUGCAGGACAGGACGUGACUGGUCUGGAGGCGUUUAGGGAAGCUGACUGAUGAUUCGAUCAAGCCGACUCUACGGUUGUAAAGGCAUCUAUGCUGCAGUGAAGAAAUUCACUAUCUGUCCAGACAUUCAAACAGCCUGCCGCGGCCUUGAACAUGCUCGAAAUGAUAUUCACAUGCUGCGAGCUAUAGCUUCCAGGACCAGGAGCCAGACCACGGGACGUGGGAUGGUAGCGACUCUGUAGUGACUUGGCAAGUAGCAGCGUAAUCGCCUGUACAGUGGCGUCGUAUCCAGCGGCACCUGGGUCUAUCUAUACUAUUCUAUAGGCUAGAUCGGAACAUCCAGCCCGCAGGACUCGGUAGAUUGGAUCCCGUCAAUCUCAAGAUCAAUUUCAUGCGCG